GGAGUGAAAACAAAAUCCACCGAUCAGUUUCCUUCCUUCUUUGCGUGGAUUCUUUGAACUUCCUUCUUCUUUGAUUUUCAAUACAAAACCCUGAAUCUAUCUCUCAGGAUCUCUCUUUCCUUCUCUUGCUACAAUCUCUUUCCAGGUAUUUUCGUCAUUGUGAACUCUGUCAUAUUCGGAGGGUUGUAAUUUUUAUAAGGUUCAGUUAGUCGAGGAUAAAUAAAAUGCGGCAUAGGUUUGUUUUUAUGGAUCACGAUGGAAGAUCUACUUACAAGUCCCCGACAGAGUAUCAAUUGCGUCAUAGUUGUGGAGAUCAUUUGUUGUGCCAGAUUACAUCAUUGGUUGACAGUUCUCUCUACCAUUCCAAAUGUUUGUCUUCCACUGGAACUUCAGUCAUCCGAGAAGCUCUUGACUGCAUAUUUAAGUUUACCGGAGCUUUAAUAUUUCCGUUUGCUAGUGGGGCAAAGUCUAAACUACAUCGUAAUCUCUCGGGCGAUCAGCAUGGCUCGAAACACAGAAAUCAUCAAUUUUGUUUACAAGGAAAGCAGAUAUAUCCACGCAAUCUAAUGGAGUUUAAAUUUGGUUCUGAAUCUAGAUCAAAAUCUGAUCCCUUCGCGAUUUUAAGUAAUUUUUUGGCGUCCACAAUAAGAUGCAUACUUAAUGAUGUUCAACAGCUUCCGUUGUUUCCGGUGCUGUCACUAGCUUCUGCUUUAAUACCACCAUUUGACAACUUAAGAAGCAAAAAGGCUAUAGCCAGCCCACUCAGCAAUACCGAUGUGCAAAUGAAGGGAGGCAUGGCUCAAGCACCUUGCCUCUGUGAGCUCCGAAGAUUGGCUGAUAUUUCUUUUUCAGAGAUAAACUGGAGACAUCAUGCCUUUGAGCCCAAAACUGGCAUUAAAUUCCCAGCAGUUUUGGAUAACUUUCUAGCUGAACAGAAUAAAUUCAGUCUGACUUCUGAGUUACUUGUUGGAACUGGUUGUAGAAGUAUGAAAAUUUUAAGAAUUAAGUCCUUGGACGUUUAUGCAUUCGGUUUAUAUGUUCACCCUGAUUCUGUUUGUGAGAAACUGGGUCCUAAGUACGCUUCUGUGUCUCCCAGUGAGCUUAACAAUCAGCCAGAAUUUUUUGAGGAUCUUCUCAGGGAGGAUAUUAAUAUGACCGUUAGGCUUGUUGUUAAUUGCAACGGAUUGAAAGUUAAUACCGUGCGAGAUAUUUUCGAGAGAUCCCUCAGAACCCGCUUAUUGAAGAUGAACCCUGACACUGAUUAUCACUGCGUCACAGCGUUCGGAUCAUAUUUCACUCAGGAUAUCUCAUUUCCUGUGGGUACGAUAGUUGAUUUCCGACAAACAGCCGAGGGGAAACUGAUUACCGAAAUUGGUGGCAAGCAAAUUGGUGCAGUUCAUAGCAAGGAUUUAUGUAGGGCAUUCUUUGAUAUGUACAUCGGUGAUGUAUCUGUCCCAUCUUACGCGAAGGAAGAAAUCGCCAAAAACGUUGCGAGUAUCAUCAAGAGAUGCUAAUAAAGAAAUCAAUGGUUGUCCAUUUCCCUAUCUAAGGUUCCAUAUUUUAUUAACUGGAAUCCGUUGGAUGGCAGUCAUCACGGAAGCUACAUGCAGAUGCCUAUUGCUGAAUUUUAUGAUCGUCGAGAGAAUAAAAGAGCUUGAUCCAGCGAUAAAUACAGUUCUGAAACACUAUUUCGACAAGUGAAGAGUUUAGCAGUCAUGUCAGUGUACUGCUCAAAUCUGUAGCUUCAACUACUGCUGGUUUUGCAGGAUGUAUACAGUUAGCUAGAUUUUACUAAUAUAUAUGGCACAUUUAUUAUAUUUUCUGAAAUGCAGAAGAAAAAGGAUGAACUGCUCUGUAAUCUGAGAGACACUAUCAAGAUUCAAGUUCCAAAUAAAGGUUCUUCGUUGUUGUUUC